GUCACAUUUCCAUUUCCAUGAUUAUCGUAACGGAACCUGGAAAUGGAAUGAGGGUGGUGGUUGUUUGCCCCUCGCAUCCGAAAGACUUGAGUUCUCCAAUAUCCGUUGACAACGGAGCAAGUGAAUAGUGGGGGUGUCUUUUAGCGCAAAGCCCGCCCCAGCUGGAUCUCUAACUGUGGAGCCACUCCCAGCGAGAGAUCGGCUGGGGGUCUGGGUUCACGUAAUCAAUCUCCAGCGCACGCUACUCCAAACACGUCUCUCUGUACCUGAUCGCAUCAGCAUCGUCACCAGCUAGCUGUCCCAGUUGCGCAAAGGUCAGCCAUACAAAUUAUUCACAAUGGCCUCAACCAAAGAUGCCCGCAGACCGGACUUGAUUGUCCCCUUUCAAGAACCCGCCAGCAAGGGGGACAAUCCCGAGCUUGCCUCAACUCUCUCCUCCACUCUACCAAUGGCGGCUAUCUUCAUGCGCAACCGCUAUGUUGGAUGGGCCGCUGUUGCUUUCUCCCUCCAGUCCUGGCUUGGAGAGUCUGAAGAGACCAAGAAGAGCAACUCUUCCCCCGGAUACUUUGCCGUGGGCAUGUCAUUGAUGUCCCUAAUCGUUACCUACCUUCCCCUCUUCCUCCCCCCUUCUCCCGGUCUUCAACAGGGGAGCUCGACCGAGGCUCCUGCCCCGGUUCCUCCUGCCUAAACCUGAGGAGAGCUCAAAGCUAUGGAAGUACAUAUAUCACACACAGCCUUCAUACGGUAAUCGACGAACAAUAUUUGAUGAUAGGAGUUGGUUGGGCAAAAAUAGGGGUAGGCGGAAUGGGCCGUUUGCCGGUGUGGAUAUUGUAUGAAUACACCCAAUGAAAUACUUAAUGUUGAAUAAUGCUUCGAACGUUCUUGGAGUUAUUCGG